AUGGCUUCAUUACAAGCAAAGACGGAAGCCGUCAAAGCGGACGUUGCAUCGACGGCGAGCUGCACGCCAGCAACCGUCGUUUCGCUCAAGGAGCUGCUCCUCCCAGAGACGGAGCCGUCCGCCCCUGGGUCCAAGAACACGGCACGAGCUCCCAAGACGACGACAACGAAAGCCAAGAGCGCUGCCGCGGCCAAGAAACAAGGUCUCCAGGACGUGCUGGGAUCGAGAGAGAGGACGAUACUGGCAACUCAUGUCAUCAACGCAACACUCAAGGCCCUUGCAGAGACCGCCAAAUCAUCUCCAUCGGGUCCUUCGACAACGCGCCAGAAAGGCGAAAACCUGCAGCGAUCGACCAGCAACAGAUCGUUGAGGCGUUCCGUCUCUGCGCCCCUGUCACCUCUCAAGCCGCGGGCUCUCAAUCGAACCGUAUCUUCCCCGAUUUCGACGACAAAGGACACCAAGGCUGGCCCGUCAUCUCCGUCAACGGGAUGCCUCGCCGUCGUCGAAUGUGCGCGCGCCGCAUUCGCAUGCCUACGAUCGCUCAAGCCUACACAAGAGGGACAGACAGACUUUCAGCUCGAGAAUGGCAUGUCGGCUUUGGUCGGCAAGCUCCUCACCCUCGGCAUGCACGAGCAAGCGUUGAAGGAGUUACGAAUAUUGAAGUGCAGGCUGGACGAUGCAUAUUCGACCGCGGCGACGACGAAUACCAAGUCAGCGUCAGCAGGAACCGCCUCCGCAGCUGCUAGCAUCGCAGAUCUACUCCGGUUCAACGCGGGCGCAUGCGGCUCCAAGAGUAGCCUACCAACCAUCACGACUUGCCAACUGCAGGUGCUCAAACUCGUCGCCGCGACAAAGAAACCGUCGCAUAUCGAAGCAGUCUUGCCAGCGCUACUCGAAACGAACCCAUCUUCUCCCGUCAAUCUACUUUUCAAGCUGGGCGAGGGAGGCGGCAAGGAGGCUUCAAAGGCUGCCCGUCAAUUGGUCGCGCUCUCGCAGAUAUUGCUCUCCAUGGCACCAAGUGUCUCGAGCUCGGAGGACGCCGUCGCCAUGGAGUCCAAACUUAGCCCCAGCCCCGUCACCGCUUUCGAAAUCCAGGCCCUUUCCUUCAGGACGCAAGUGAAAUGGUGGACGCUCGCCGGCCACGAGGGAAAUGUCGACGACGAACUCUUGUCGCCCUUUACUCGCUGCGUCCGGGCUCUCAUCCGUCGUCAAGGAACGGCGGAGACGACGGCUUACCGAAUAACAGCUGCCGCAUUCGAGGCAAUCAUGCAGAGUAUUCGCUCUCAGAAUCGUCAACCGACUACGUCGAGCACAUCCCCUCUGGCGUCCAUGUAUCAAAUCCUUGGAACUACGGCGCACGCGGCCCGGGAGUACGAUGACGCCCAUCAGUGGCUCCAGCGUCUUCGGGGUUGCAUGCGCUCACAGUCCGAGUCCGUCGUUCGCGUCUGCUCUGUGUCGGCUCGACUACUUGCCGCUGCUCUGAAGAGGGCCGAAAUUGGUUCGGAUGCCGCCCUGCUCGUUCGAGAGGUCACCGACGGUUUAGACGGGAGUCUCAGCGGCACCGUGACGGAGCUUAACGACCUUCUUGAGAGUCUCUCUGCCGCCCGUCGCUCCGUCGUUGGGUUGCUGACCAACGCCAACAUGCUGGACCCCAACGCUACGACAGACUCUUCUACACCCGCGGAACUUGUAUCCCUCCUGAAAUCCUUUUUGCUCCGGUAUCCUCGCUUCGUCCGCCGCUGGCUCGGCACGCCGCCGGAUAAGGACGCCAACGCGAAGCAUGUCCUUCAGUUCGACCAACGAAGGCAGACGGUUCUACAGUCCAUCAGCCAGGUUCUUGACGCGUCCAUGAUGGUCAUCAAGUGCGAUAUCCAGUCGGGUUCGAUCGACUGGCAACUCAUGGACGAAGUCCUGCAGCACUGUGCAUCUCUCCUCGACGGCAUCGCCGACCCAGCCAUGUCGGCGGCCAUGGCAGAGAAGCUAGGCAUCUAUCACGUCAAGAUAUCCAGUCUCUACUUUUCCCGAUUCCUAGAACUGCGCAAAUUACCGGACCGAUCGAAGGAGACAAGCAAGCAGCUGCUUCAGGCUCUUAGCCGGUCCAUCGAUGCCGUCAAGGACCGAACGGCGGCUGAGAGGGAAAGGGCACAGCUCUCGACCAAGCUGGAACUUUUCGCCGACAUGUGCCAGGGAGCGAGCAGGACCGAGGACGCCGUCAAGACACUGCGAUCCAUUUGCAUGAACAUGGCGGAAGACGGCGUCCUGUCGGCCGUGUCGGCCGCUUUGGUUUCGCAACCUCCCGCUCUUGCGUGGACUGCCACGGAAAAAGCGUCGUCUCUUUCCCGAACCCUACGCUCAAUCGCAAAACUCGACAGAUCGUGGAACGACUGGACUUUCUUUCUCCCCGAGCCAGAGCGCGCCGCCGUUCUCGAGCACUUGAUGCACCUCAGCUCCAACACCUCCAUCUCCUUCCAACCACCCCGAAUUCGUGACUCUAGCCUGGCAGCCCUGCUGCGGAUUUAUACUCUGGACAAGUAUCCGAUCCGCCGUCUUCGUGUUUUGCUCUACCUUUUCUAUCAGAAUAUGGGAGACCAAGACGAGAUGGAUGCGCUCUCGCCCCUUCUCGAACUGGCUCUGCAGCAGCUGCAGAGAAAAGACAAGGGCGAGGACGGCUCGCUGUCGCACUACAUCCCCCAUCUGCAGGCAUACCAUGGACUUCUCUCGGCCCUUGCCGACAGCGACACGCCCGUGCCCCUAUCGGCGAUGAAAAAUUCCGUCGCCGCUUGGACGAGCAUGACUGAUUCCUGCGAGACAAAAGAAAACCUGUACGCGGUCAUCGACGAUCCAGAAAGCCUGCUUGAACACCUCGAGUCCCUGAAUCAUCUCGCCGAGCUUCGAGGUGAGCAUCAACUGCAGAUAUCCAUCUCACAGCUCUCCAUCAGGUUGGCCACGACGAUUGCGGGCCGUGCAGGCUCGACUCACGACAGCCUAGUCCUCCACCACAGCCAUCUCGCGACCCAGUAUGUCAACAUAGGCAAGUACGUUCAAGCGCAGAAUGCGCUCGAACAGACGAAGGCGCUUGUGGAAAGAAACGAGGGCAUCUCGCGCGGAGUGGUGGCAGGAUUUCAGCUGUCGCAGGCCGAGUACCUGACGGGCGUCGGGAGCUUUGACGAAGCGUACGUGCUGCACUCUCUUCUACUUGCGAUGCGACUAACGGGUGGCAGUAUGAAAUGCGUCACAAAAGCAAACGAACUUUGCGGCGGCUCCUACUCGUCCUGGGCCCGGUCCAAGUCGCAUGCGACGGCGAUGCUGUCGAUGGCCUCCUUUCUACGGUCGAGCAUUUCUCUCCAGCGGGGAGAUAUCCAAGAUGCACUCACCGCCAUCAAGUAUGCCGUACGGUUGCUCUCUCACGACUGGUCGAGACUCGAAGCGGCCUUGGCGGAUGUGAAUCCCAAGGGCGAGACAACGAUGGCAGAAACGAGUCUUUCCAGCAUUCACCUGAAAGGGGACGAGGCGACGCGAGGAAGCGGGCCGCGAUUCUGGAGCCUUGCGUCACCCCUGAUUCGCAGCCUCAUGCACAUCUCGUCCGUCUACGCCCACAUAGGCAUGUUCCAGGAAACGAUCUACUACGCCGAGGCGGCAGGGAAGAUUGCCGACAGCACCCAGUCCUCCCUCUACAAGGUCCAAGUGUCGGCUUGGACCGGCUCCAUCCUCGCCAAGGCCGGUAGGAUGCAGAAGGCGCUUGGUAUGCUUGACGAAGCCAAGGAGCACAUGCCUCCGGAUGCCUGCGCGUCUCGCGUUCGACUCGCACGCCAGUUGAGCGAGUUUUACUGGGACAUUGGCGACGAGGCACAGGCGCGUGAAUAUCUAACGAUCGCCGAGGACACGGUUCGACUGCUGAGCGACGGCGACGACUCUGCGAACGCGACGGCAGCGGUCGGUGAGAGCAACAAUACGGCAACCAGAGGCAUCAAAACCCAGGGCAGGGAGGUUUCCAGGGCCACUCGCGGCGCCACGACGAGGACGGCAAAACCCAAGGCCAAUCCUACUUCCACUGCGGUCCGGACCGUGAGGCGAGGAGGCCCAGCGGCCAAGUCGAAAUCAGCACCAGCGCUGGAGGUUUCAAAGGUACCCAUGGACUUGCAUCAGUCAUCGCUGCUCGCGGCCGUCAUUCUUUCUCGAUCCCUUGGGUUCAUACAUCAGCGGGAUUGGGCCUCGGCACUCUCUACGCUCGAGAAAGCCAAGGAGCUGCCGAAGCUCCUCGGCACGCUCUCGCACGAGCAGGUCAUGACGGCGACCUCGCUCAUCGGGCAGAGCAUGGAGCAGAUGAUCUCAGACCCCGUCUUCUCCGUCAUGCAAGACUCGACGAUAUCAUUCCCCGCCGUUUGUGUCGGCACGGAUAAGCGAGCGUCGGAGAGAGGCACGACAACGGGCGCCUCGCCUCCGAGAAAGACGCGGGCGGUGAUCGCGGACCGGAAGAAAUCCAACUCCAAAGAACGCGGCGGCCCAGCGUUUGCGGACGCGUUGAGACAGGCGCAGCAGCUGCUGAUGGAGGCGCACGGCUCUGCUCUGUCGAGCUCCGACAGCAGCACCGUCCAUCGCAUCUCCGGCCUGCUGCAAAGCACCAUUAUUCUCCUUUCGGCCGCCUCGGCCGGCAAAGUGAGACCGGCAAUGUCCUCGGGCCUUGGCACGGUGGCGGUUGACCUUGGUCGGAAUAUUACCUGGGCUCGGGAGCAGAACACGCUGAGAGCGGCGGACAACAAUUUCAUGUCGGCAAGCAUGCCGACGUCGCAGACAAAGUCGGUUCGAAAAUGUAGCCUCGAGUCGUCGUCGACGGACCUCGCAAGGUUCCAGAAAAAGUACGUCGACAUGAUUCCGGAAAGCUGGAGCGUCAUCUCCCUCUCGCUCAGCGACAACCACCACGACUUGUGCAUCACGAAGCUGCAGGCCGGCCACAGCCCCUUCAUCCUGCGUCUGCCAUUGGAAAGGGCAAACUCGAGAGACGCGGACUCGGAGGUGUUCAAUUUCGAGCACGGGCGCGAGGAGCUGCUGGACAUCAUCAAGCUCGCGAACGAGUCGAGCCAUUCGGCCCGCGAUUUCUCGGCCAGGGGCGAGAGGAGCGCUUGGUGGGCCGAGCGAGAGGCUCUCGACCUGCGGCUCAAGGACCUCCUUGAGACGAUCGAGUGCACCUGGCUGGGAGGUUUCAAGGGUAUCUUCUCCCAGCAUCAGCGGCGCUGCGAUCUCUUGGCGCGGUUCCAAAAGAGCUUCCAGCAGAUCCUCGACGGCGGCCUGCCGUCGCGAAACAGGAUCCGAACGAAGAAGGGGACAAAGGCGGCGGCGGUGACUCUCGACCCCCGUGUUCUCGACUUGUUCAUCGGGCUCGGUGAUCCGACGGAUUCGGACUGCAGCCACUUCGACGAAGCGCUGAACGACCUGCUCUACUUCGUCGUCGACAUACUUCAGUUUCACGGCGAGAGGAACGCGUACGACGAGAUCGACUUUGACGCCAUGGUCGUGGAGACGUACGACGCGCUCCGCGGGUACUAUGACGCGGCGAAGACGGGGGAGCGGGAGCGCGGAGCGCACACGGUGCUCGUCUUGGACAAGGGACUCCACGCGUUCCCGUGGGAGUCGCUCCCUUGCAUGGACGAUCUUGCCGUGUCGAGGGUGCCGUCGCUCGCGUGCCUGCGUCAGCUCAUCGACGAAGCCAAGAUGCCAAGCAUGGCGGAGGUUGGCGGGCAUCAGCCGCCGCACGGCCACUACGUGUCCGCUCGGGCGGGCACCUACAUGCUGAACCCUUCGUCGGACCUCAAAAACACGCAGGCCUUCUUUCAGCCGACGUUCAAGACGCUCACGAGCUGGAACGGCAUCGUCAACCGGGCGCCGGACGAGGCCGACUUUGAACGCGCGCUCUCGACGUCGGACGUGCUGCUGUACUUUGGGCACGGAAGCGGCGCGCAGUACAUACGCGGCAAGACGAUCCGAAAGCUCGACAAGUGCCGACCGGCGACGUUCCUGAUGGGCUGCAGCUCGGCGGCGCUGACGGAGGCGGGCGAGUUCGAGUGCUAUGGCCCGGUGUGGAACUACAUGAUGGCAGGCUGCCCGGCGGUGGUGGGCACGCUGUGGGACGUGACCGAUCGGGACAUUGACAGGUUCGCGGGGCGGACGUUUGAGGAAUGGGGACUGUUCGCUCGAGACUCGUUCGGCGAGGAGAAGAAGAUGAAGGGAAAGAGCAAAGGGGUGGCGAAGGGGACUGGGAGGACGAAGGCCAAGGCAUCCAAGGGCCCAGCAUCACUUGCAGAGGCGGUGACGAGAGCGAGGGCGGCGUGCAAGUUCCGGUACCUGAACGCGGCGGCCGUCGUCUUGUACGGUAUUCCGGUGUACAUCAAGGACGAGGACGGGUGA